UGGGACGGGGCGGGAUGGGCCGGGAGGGGGCGGGACGGACCCGGGAAGGGAGGGACGGGCCAGGAGGGGGUGGGCUCAGGCGGCUGCUAGGCCGAACGUGCCGCAGGCCGGCCGCAGGCCCAGCGCGCCACCAUGGAGCGGCAGGGCCGGCGGCCGCGGGGACCGCCGCAGCAGCAGAGACAGCAGAGGAGGAACGGGGGCUGAAGCCGGGGCCUCCGGGUAGUGGGCCAGUGAACCCUCAGUCGUCCUUGAGCCCAGACUCCCGUUCCCUGCCUUUCUGGGCGCCGGCGGUGACCCCGCUGGACGAUGCGCGCCCCGGGCCGCCCGGGAGGCUGAGUCCGCCGCCCGGUUCUCGCCCCUCGCCACCACCCACCAUGGCCUGGCCCGGCGCCGAGGGCGCGGCUGACCGGCCGGGAUCCCCGGCCUGGGGCGCCCCCACCGGCUCCGCGUCGUCUUCGUCCGCCUCCUCCGGCGGCUCGGCCUCGGCAGGAGCUGGGCUGUGGGCCGCGCUCUACGACUACGAGGCGCGCGGCGAGGACGAGCUGAGCCUGCGCCGCGGCCAGCUGGUGGAGGUGCUGUCCCAGGACGCCGCCGUGUCGGGCGACGAGGGCUGGUGGGCCGGCCAGGUGCAGCGGCGCCUCGGCAUCUUCCCUGCCAACUACGUGGCGCCUUGCCGCGCGGCCGCCCACCCCGCGCCGCCGCCCGCCACACCGCCGCCGCCGCGGCCCGGCUCGCCCGUGCACGUCGACUUCGAGCGGCUGGAACUCAAGGAGCUCAUCGGCGCCGGCGGUUUCGGGCAGGUGUACCGCGCCACCUGGCAGGGCCAGGAGGUGGCGGUGAAGGCGGCGCGCUGCGACCCGGAGCAGGACGCGGCGGCGGCGGCCGAGAGCGUUCGGCGGGAGGCCCGGCUCUUCUCCAUGCUGCGGCACCCCAACAUCCUCGAGCUGCGCGGCGUGUGCCUGCGGCAGCCACACCUCUGCCUGGUGCUCGAGUUUGCCCGCGGCGGAGCGCUCAACCGCGCGCUGGCCGCCGCCAGUGCGACCCCGGACCCCCGCGCGCCCUCCCCGCGCUGCGCGCGCCGCAUCCCCCCGCACGUGCUGGUCAACUGGGCCGUGCAGAUCGCGCGGGGCAUGCUUUACCUGCACGAGGAGGCGAUGGUGCCCAUCCUUCACCGGGACCUCAAGUCCAGCAACAUUUUGCUCCUCGAGAAGAUAGAGUAUGAUGACAUCUGCAACAAGACACUGAAGAUCACAGACUUUGGCUUGGCGAGAGAAUGGCACAGGACCACCAGGAUGAGCGCAGCGGGCACCUAUGCCUGGAUGGCCCCAGAAGUCAUCAAGUCUUCCUUGUUUUCCAAGGGAAGCGACAUCUGGAGCUAUGGAGUGGUGCUGUGGGAGCUGCUCACCGGAGAGGUGCCCUACCGUGGCAUCGACGGCCUGGCUGUGGCCUACGGGGUGGCGGUCAACAAGCUCACCCUGCCCAUCCCCUCCACCUGCCCCGAGCCGUUUGCCAGGCUCAUGAAAGAAUGCUGGCAACAAGACCCUCACAUUCGACCAUCUUUUGCCUUAAUUCUUGAACAACUGACUGAAAUUGAAAAGGCAGUUAUGACUGAAAUGCCUCAAGAGUCCUUUCAUUCCAUGCAAGAUGACUGGAAACUGGAAAUUCAACAAAUGUUUGAUGAGUUGAGAACAAAGGAAAAGGAGCUGCGCUCCCGGGAGGAGGAGCUGACGCGGGCCGCCCUGCAGCAGAAGUCGCAGGAGGAGCUGCUCCGGCGGCGGGAGCAGCAGCUCGCCGCGCGGGAGAUCGACGUGCUGGAGCGAGAGCUCAACAUCCUCAUCUUCCAGCUGAAUCAGGAGAAGCCCAACGUCAAGAAGAGGAAGGGCAAGUUUAAGAGGAGCCGCCUGAAGCUCAGAGACGGCCACCGCAUCAGUUUACCUUCAGACUUCCAGCACAAAAUAACGGUGCAGGCGUCCCCCAACUUGGACAAACGAAGAAGUCUGCAGAGCAGCAGCUCCAGCCCGCCCAGCAGCCCCACGGUGAUCCCCCGGCUCCGAGCGAUACAGCUGACCUCAGAUGAAAGCAAUAAAACUUGGGGCAGAAACACCGUCUGUCGACAAGAAGAAUUUGAAGAUAUAAAAAGGAAUUUCAAGAAAAAGGGUUGUACCUGGGGUCCAAAUUCGAUUCAAAUGAAAGAAAGAACUGAUUGCAAAGAAAGAAUAAGACCUCUCUCAGAUGGCAACAGUCCUUGGUCAACCAUAUUAAUAAAAAAUCAGAAAACCAUGCCAUUGGCUUCAUUAUUUGUGGACCAGCCAGGUGCUUGUGAAGAGCCAAAACUUGCCCCUGACGGGUUGGAACACAGAAAACCAAAGCAGAUAAAAUCGCCAACUCAGGCCUACAUCGAUCUACCUCUUUGGAAAGAUGGCCAGAGAGAGAACCCAGUGGAACCCGAAAGCUGGGAGGAGGGAACCCCAGUGAGCCCUGCUGCCGACACUCCUCAGGGGAGCCCUCCAAACAGUCUGAGCAGAUCCCCCCAGAGAAAGAAAACGGAGUCCGCUCUGUACGGCUGCACCAUGCUGCUGGCAUCGGUGGCCCUGGGCCUGGACAUAAGGGAGCUCUCAAAAGCACAGGCUCCUGAAGACCCGUUGCCUAAGGAAGACAGGAAGAAACGUGAAGGCAUCUUCCAGCGGGCACCGAAGUCCCGCCGCAGUGCCAGCCCUGCCCCAAGGCUGCUGGCCUUGGGCGAGGGAGCCGGCAGCACCCUCUCACUCCCACCGUCCACCACUGCAAACCUCCUGUCGGCGCCUUCCCUCUCCACCAAGUGCCUGCUGCAGGCGGCCGGCGAAGACUCCUUCGAGAGCAGCACGCACGUCUCCUGUGCCCCUCGGGCGCCCACCCCAGACCCCUGCGCUGCCUCUGGAGGGAGGGGCCGGAAGUGCGCCCCCGCGCCCGGACUGGAGACCAGCCGUGACGGGUGCGGAAACCUGCCUCCCUCCUUCGCGGAGCUGACACGUGGGGGGACGGCAGCGUCUCACGCUGCUGCUUCCAGAGAGAGAGCGGCUCGUCACCGCAGGACCAUGUCUGACGGAAGCGCUCCCCGGCCCCCAGCUGGUGCAGCUCUCAUCUCAGCCCCCGGAGCCUCUGAACUGCCUCCUGAGUGGGUUUGGGGGAUGCCCCCCUCCCUGUCUGGACCUCCCAGUGACCUGCCAAGUGAGGUCCCACCUGAGAAGCAAAGAGCUAUCCAUAUGGUGCCACUGCCUCGCCCACCCCCUCUAAGAAGCCGAGGAGGUGCCCUGCAGGCCUUCCUGCCGAGCACAGAGCCUCAGCCCUCACAGGCUGGCCCUGCAGUGGGUGGUCCAGGACCAGCCCACAGCUGUCCUCUCGGCCCCAAGAAGAGGACUCAGCCCCACGUGCCCUCCUUACUGGACACCGACGUGGAAGGCCAGAGCCGGGACCGCACGGCGCCUCUGUGCAGGGUGAGAGGCAGAGUGAGCCGACCGUCUCUGCACGAACUCGAGAAAGAAUUUCUGUCUUAAGUGCCUUCUUGUUCAAGCAUUUCUUUUUGUUUUUUUAAGGUGAACAAAUGAAAACAAGGUGUCUACCUUUUAAUUGUUUCAUGCUGCUGUGUUUUCAAAGCUGUGGCCGUGUUACUGAAAUAGUAAUGGAUGUCUUAACUUCUCCAGAAAUGGAAGUCAUUGCUGUUGGCUGACUAUAUUGUUUGUCCACUGGAUUCUUACCUAGCAACUUGAAAUACUACAAUACUAUAAAGCAAGAACUGCACAACAAAGUGAAUCUGUGUUUAAGCACAACUCUAAAUGCUUUUUUUCCCAUUUAUAUUCUUUUCUGGUAUUGUUGUUCAGUCGCUAAGUCGUGUCUGACUCCUGGCGACCCCACAACACAAAAAUUGUGAGUGUGCCAUUUUUGUUUCCUUUCUUCCUGUUGCCUUCCUUCAUUUUCUAUUUUCCUUUCCCUUUUUUUUCUUCAUUUCUUUCUUUUCUUUUGUUACUUGUGCAACAAAAGCCAAGAAUAAUGUGAUAUUAGUGAGUAAAGGUGUCUGUUUUUAAAAAUUUGAUAACUAGAAUAGAUGCAGAGUCCUAUUUAAGCUACUUAAGUUCAGCAAUAGGCUUAUAAUGCACAAGUAUGUCCAAAUCUCAUCUAAAAUAUGCAAUGUUUCUCUCUUUGAGAAAGUUUUACUGAAUGUAAUUUAUGAAAGUUUUGAUGAAUGUAACUUUAAAAAAUUUUAUCCAUUGGAACUCCAAAAUAGAUUUAAAACAAAUCAGUCAUUAACAUUUGACUUAGACCAUACUGUGUACAGUUGAGACACAUUAUCCUGUGGGUUCUCCCUGUGAAAAAGGUCCCCUGUCAGCAGUAGCCAUUGAUUUGGCAUCCAGAAGUGUAAAAAUUUUCCUUUUGCCAUGGGGUUUUUAAAAAUUAAUUGUGUCAUGCAUUGUAAACAUUGAUGUCAUUUAAUUUUUAUUUUCUCUAUUUAAAUGCAUAAUCAUCCCAGUAACCUCAAAUACAGUCAGUGAGAAACACUGCAAAGUCAAGAAACAGCAGUAUGUUAGAAUUUAAGUAUUUUCAAAUAAUAGUUAUUUCACAUUUCACUUAAUUGUGGAUAAAUGUUAGAUAUCUGCUGGGUGAGAUAAGUUGAUGUCAUAGAAAGGAGAACUAUAGAUUAUUUUUAGAUGUGGAUUUAUAAAAUGAAUCUUUGGAUAGCAGAUCAGAUUUUUAAAUGAUUUAAAAUUAUUUUAUGAGUCACUUUUAUGAAUUAUACAGAUAUGCUACAAAUAGACUACUGAGUUAUUAAGCUAUGAAAUGGCUAUCCAGGAACUUGGUAAAUUAUCUGGGUUCUUCUGUUAAAUAUAUUAUGCUAAUCAUUAGAAUAUGAUUAUUCAGAUGACAGAUAAUAACUAUCUUAAAUUUUCCAUACAGUGAAAAACUUUAAUUGCAAAUAUUACUUGAUACUUCAUUUAAAAUUUUUCCUUGGUUAAAAGUUACUGAAUAAUUGAAAGGUCAGCAAUUUAAAUUAAAUCAAGUGUGAUAAAAUAUCUACCUAUAGUAGAUUUUUAAAAAGUAAAAUUGUAUUAUUUAGCCAUUUUGGAACAUCUUAGUCAUCUAAUAAGUAUGCCCCAGCAAAUAAAGAACAGGGCAUGAAAGGAUUAUGUUAAUAUAAGCGCAUUUUGCCCUAAAGAGAACAGUCUUGUAUUUAAGAUUCUUGCAGCAAAAUCUCAGGUACUUAAUUACAUUUUGUUGUGUUAUGGUCCAUUCUGUGAUUUGACUUCCCUUUGGGGUGGCUGUUGAAUUAUGUAACAGAUUUGGUUUCCUCAAAAUUGUAUCACACUUGAAACUAUGGUUGACUACUUCAUACUCAGUCACUUGGGGGCAUGUAACUUCCAGCUAAAAGUAAAGGAAAUAUGUGCCUACAGUAAUACAUGAAACAUGAAAUAUAGAAAUUAUGUUUUCAAUUUUGCUUCUACCAAAACCCUGUGUGUAUUUGUGUGUGUGUGGCAUGUGUGUGUGGUGUGGCAUGUGUGUGGUGUGUGUGUCUUUGUG